AUGGACGCUGCGUCACAGCGCAGCCAGCCAGGGCGCUUGCUCCUGUCUGAGUGUCCUCGCAGUUUCUUGGAUUCAAUUCCCUCGCCCAUAGCCCCGGCUCCCCUUGGGAGUUUAGGCUAUGUCAUAACGAAGGAACAUGUUGACGAAAUGCGCCGGAUGGAAAAACUGUGCGAAGCCAAGGAAGAGAAGCUGCACAGGGAAUACAAGCCCGUUUUCCUUCCUGUGGAUGAGUAUCUUAGCAAAGAGAUCAACUGCGAGCUCAUCAAUGUUGACAUUCGAAGCUAUCCAUGGAAAAACACUCCAUUUGGAGAUGUGUACUACUCGCCUCGCUACAAUGAUGACCGGUACACAUACCGGCAUGUUCUCCUCACAAACGGGGUGCGGAAAGAAGCUGAGCGGGUCGCUGCUACCGUCCCUGGAGGCUUGCUGACUGAGGAAGUGUUUGUCCAUUAUUUGGGCAUUGUCUUGUCAAGUGGGUGGUCGCACUUCAUGCUGUUCAACAAGCAGUUCAAAGAGCUGAUCCUCAGAAGACCGAAAGAACCCGACGCGCCGGUCACUCCGGAGGAAGUCACACGCAUUCGGGACGGCGCGCCUGGGCCAAACGAUGAAGUUGAUUCCGACAGCGGAGAUGACGAAGAGCAAAAGGCAGCCAUAGCUCUAAUCCGCAAGAAAGAAGCCGAACAGCAGCAGCGGCAACUGCAGGAUGAGAACAAGCUGCAUCAAGCUGGCUUUCCGGAUGCAGAGUCCGUCGCCGGCAACGACUGUGGGAGUAAAGAGGGGACUCACGAGGCUGCUGCUAAGCAGCAGGACUCAGCAGCUGCAGAGGCCCCGCUCCGGGGGGCCUUGGAGUCUGCAGAAGCUCAGGAAAAGGAAAAUGCGCUGCUGCCGCAGAACUCGAGGGAAACUGCAGCAAAGAGUGAAAAGCCACCACUCGUGACUUGCACAGGUAGCAAUGCAGCACGCGGGGAUCGCAGCAGCCAAAAGGGAGCUGCUGAGGAGUCGGAAAUGGCCCAGAAGCCGCUGCAUGCAGCUCAGAGUGCUGCUGCUGCAGGGCCGCAGGGAAGGCGGCGCAGGGCGGCGCCGACAAAGGCAGCAGCAGCAGCACACAGCAGCAGCAGUGGCUUGGCGCAGCAGCAAAAGACCAACGGCAAAGGCUUGCCGGAUGCUGCAGCAAGAGCUCGAGGUCGAGCUGCUCUCCGCCGAAAAGAAGCAGCUCCCCCCCCUCGAGCUGCUGCUGCUGCUGCUGCAGGCCGGCGAAACCCAAGUGAGGCUGGGGGGCCCCUGGCUGCAGCCCGUUCUGCUGGGACUGCAGCAGAAGAGAGUGCCCCGCUGCCGGCUGCUGCUGCUGGGAGAGUGGCUGCGAGGCACCUGGGGGCCCCGCGAGCCCAGCCCAGAGCAGCAGCAGCAGCAAGAACUGCUGCUGCUGCUGCAGCGGCAAAGGCCGACGGCCGCGCGCAGGGACGCGCAGAAGAGAAGCUGCUGAGUGCAGCAGAUGCCCCCGGAGGGAAAAGACGCCUCGAGGGAGGGGAAGUUAAUAAGGCCAAGCAGCGGCGGGUGUAG